AUGGGGGAAACCAAUGGAGAAAACCUACAGGCAGUGCUGUCUCUCUUCCUCAUUCUUAUAAUAUCUCUAAGCGGAUCUCAAAUCUUUCCAGCUUUCUUCAAUCAUUUUAAUACUAUGAGUGAACAAAUAGUCAUUGGAAGACUUGAGGAAGAUGUAAUUCUCCCUUGAUCAUUUGAGAGUGGGAGAAAAAGUCAUAAUUCACUGGUGGAAUCACAUGAUGUUUAUACAUGAUGUCACUACAAAGACAGUGACCAUUUGGGAAAGCAAGAUCCCAGAUACACAACCAGGACCCUCUUCCUCAGUGAAAUUCACAACAGAAAUGCUUCCCUACCUUUCAGAAGAUUAAGCCAUUUGGAUGAAGGAAUUUAUAUGUGCUAUGUGGAAACAACAGCUAGAAAAAUCACAAACCCUUCUUUUUCCCCCUUAGCUUUUGUCACACUGGUGAUAAAAUAUGAAAAGAGGAACACAAACAGAUCCAUCAUAUGUGGUGUGUUAAGUGUUUAUCCUCGUCCAGUUCGUACUUGGCAAGUGGACAAUACAUCUAGCCCUGAAGGCAAUAUGGAAGAAAUUGGGUCUUUUGAUCCUUUUUAUAAUAAGGGUAGAGUAAAUAUCAUAGGAUCAAAUUAAUUUUAUGAAUUUACUAUUGAAAAUCCAUUGCUGAAGCAAAUAUAGACAGGAAGAUGGACAAUGAAAGGUGUUUAUGAGUUGAAGGAAAACAUUUGUGAAAUGUAA